UUUGCUCAAGAUGCUUCUGUAGUUGUGCACUCUGCACAUUUUCAACAUGAAACAAACAUAAGCAAUAACGCUCACUGUAUUGUGAAACAUGGAUAGACAAAGAAAUACUGGAUUUUUACCAACCAACUGGAGAAAGGGAAUUAUGGGAAAUACGCGCCAUAGUGUAAAUAUGGUUCUGGUUACAUGUUUGUUGAUUGGAAUGUCUGCACAUGCAACUUCUUCAUCAGAUCUCUAUGAUCUCCAUUCUUUGGAAAGAUCUUCAGACAUCCAUCAAAAGGACAGAAAUGAAAGCAUAGGGCUUGACAGCAACAAUGCCAACACUGAAGUCAACACCAUCUGGCCCUCUGUGCUGGGAGCUUUGACAGCAGCGCUUUGCAUUGGCCUCCUGAUAGCGGUGGCUGUAAAGUACCAUCUCUUCCAGUGCUGCCUGGUGAGAAACAGUCAUGAGUUGCUGUUGGAGGGAGACGUGGCCAGCCAGUUCAGCCAACCCGGGGCUCUGGAGGGAGGAAUACCAGUGCAUGGCAUGAGGGGCAGAAUAAUGCUUGCGAGUGGAGACAGUUCAGAUGAUGAUAAUGAUGAGGAUGGCUUUAUCGAGGACAACUAUAUUGAGGAAAGUGAGAGAAAGAAAGCUGAGAAAGAGGAGAACCAUUACGAAGAUACUGAGGACAGCGAUGAUGAGUUGAUCAUUUCAGACAUUAUAUAAUGUGUCUACUUCUACUUUAUUAUAUGUUCUAAUUAUACAACCAAGAGGAUUUUCUUUGUCUCUUGAAUGAGAGUAGACUCAAAAUACUGUUGACUGGGUCCAGGAAAAGACAAUAGGCCACCCAGCUAUGUAUUGAUUGAUAUAUUGAUAACAAAUAAACUGGAUAAAUGGAUAAUAAUUAUGCCAAUAGAGCUGAUAACUGUAACAUAUUUCUGUUACAGGAAAUCAUUUUAUAUAUUUAAAUCAAAUCUUUAUAUUUUAUACUACUUUCAUAUUCUAAAGGCACGCUAAUGCAAUAUAUGCACACUGUUUAGGCAUUAUAAUGAAUA